AUGGGUGGUGGUCAGUUGAUCAUAAAGAUGAGACUGAGACCUCCACUUGAGCCUCUCAAGAAUGUUAAAGUUAAGUACGAACUUUUAGGCGCUAUCAGCUGCACGUUUGGGGACCCACCGCCAAUCACGGGGCGACUUGACAUCGUCCGUCCAGUUACCGCCGGCACAGUUGCAUCCGCUCAAGAGGCGGGUCCUCCUUCAAGCACCGCCCGUUACUUGGCACAAUCUGAUCAACAUGGUGUGUGCGUUCUACGACCUCCAGAUUGGCCCAGAAAUCCUUCCGCCCUUCAAACGAAAAGUAUUUGCAUACUACUAGUCCUCCGUUACUGCAUCAGCCAAGUCCAAGGGUCGGCGAUCGGGAUACCCGCUUCGAGGGAUUCGGAAAGAUUGCUCCACUCUUCGCCAGAGCCGAAGAAUGGCACUCCUUGGUUGACCGUUGCAGUGAUACUUAACUUUUGGAUAUCCAUUGGUACUGAGAGGGGAAACGCGAUAAGAACUACUCCUACUAUGAGAAAUGCCAAAAUUUUGAGAGAUCGCUUAUCAAUUCAUCAUGGCCUUGUCCAACUGAGUAAUCCAGAGUACCCCGCUAGAUAG